ACAUAUACCUCCCCCAACGCUGUAAAGGUUUAACCUUUCGCCAUAGAAGAAUGCUGGGGGCAACAAGAGGCGCCAUUUGGAAGCAGCAGCCGCAUCGCUUGUUCAACCUCCAGCGUCGUCUCCUGGCUCUCUCUCCUCGCAUGGCGGCUUCUCCUCCUCCUCCUCCUCCCGCCGCUUCUCCUUCUAGGGUUCCUGCGUCUUCCUUCUCCGCCGGGCCGCCGCCGCCGAAGCGCGUGGGCACCCACAACGGCAGCUUCCACUGCGACGAGGCCCUCGGCUGUUUCAUGAUUCGCCUCACCCACAAGUUCUCCAACGCCGAAAUCAUCCGCACCAGAGACCCCCAGGUACUGGAGGGUCUUGAUGCUGUACUUGAUGUUGGGGGUGUGUAUGAUCCGAGUAGAGACCGGUAUGAUCAUCACCAGAAAGGUUUUGUAGAGGUGUUUGGGCAUGGGUUUUCCACCAAGCUCAGCAGUGCUGGUUUGGUUUACAAGCAUUUUGGGAAGGAGAUAAUAGCUAAGGAGCUUCAGGUUGAUGAAAAUCAUCCGGAUGUGCUUCGGCUGUUUCUUGCUGUGUAUAAGAGCUUUAUGGAGGCAAUUGAUGCUGUUGACAAUGGUAUAAAUCAGUAUGACACUGACCAGCCUCCAAGAUACGUGAAUAAUACGUAUUUGUCUUCAAGAGUCGGAAAACUGAAUCUGGACUGGAUUGAUCCUGAUCAAUCUUCGGAGAAGGAGAAUGAGGCAUUUCAGCGAGCUAUGUCCUUGGCUGGCAGCGAAUUUUUAGAUAGUGUACGGUUUCAUGCAAGGUCGUGGUUACCUGCAAGGUCCAUUGUAAUGGAGUGUCUUGCAGCUAGAUAUGGUGUUGACUCAAGUGGAGAAAUUAUGGUUUUAAAUCAAUUUUGUCCCUGGAAGCUUCAUUUGUUUGAGCUUGAGGAGGAGAUGAAAAUUGAACCUUCCAUCAAAUAUGUGCUUUAUCAGGAUGACCGGAGCAAAAACUGGCGGGUGCAGGCAGUUGCGCUGGCUCCCGACAGAUUCGAAAGCCGGAAGGCUCUUCCGGCUCAGUGGUGUGGUCUGAGAGAUGACGAGCUCUCCAAAGAGUCGGGCAUCCCUGGCUGUGUAUUCGUCCACAUGAAUGGGUUCAUCGGUGGGAAUCAAACUUACGAGGGCGCUCUUGCGAUGGCCAGGGGCGGCUUAAAGCUCUAAGCAGAAAGAAAGAUUGGAUUCACCAUUUCAUGGGACGCGAGCUUUUUAGAGUAUCGUGUUAGCAACUUGUGUUCGUAUUCAGUUACAAUUUUCAUCCUCUCCCAAUGCCCUGUAACUUUAUAUGAGAUUCAAUCGAUCGAAUUGGUACACUUCAUAUGGGUUGAUUAUUACAGAAGAAGAGUAGGAUUUGUGAGGAAAUUUAUGUGAGGUCAGGUAGAGAGAUUGGCUCUUAA